AUGUGGAUUGCAUUCUCGGCCUCAUCUAGGUGUUAUCAGCUUCCUCAGAAGGCAAGGCUAUGUAAAGAGGUGGAAAAUGCGACGGCUGUAGUGGUGAGUAUUUUGGUGCGUAACGAUGCUGAUCCCAACAGCAAACUCAUAAAUAUGGCGCUCACCUGGGAGGCCGAAUUUUUGAUCUCGGUGCAUCAAUGGGCAGCUGAAAAUGCUGAAGAUCUGGUCAUCAGUUUCCAAGCAGAGGUAUAUUCUUUGUUUUAUCGGCCUUCUUGCAUUAGGUUAUUUCAGAAUAGGUAG